CUCAUAUCCUUCAUAGCCCGCUUAGUUAUACCUUCAGUGUGUGUCAUAAAGCUGCCAACGAUCGAAUCCUGUUUUGUUUUUUAUAUUUUCACAAUCCAGUGCUGGUCCUAGAAAUUGUUUGGUGUGUUUCGUACAUCCCAAACAAUUGAAACAGAAAAGCUGGGAGCAUUUUCAAACAGAAUAUUCAAGAGCGACUUCUUUCUAGUGGAAGUAAUCGUUUUUUAAAAUGAGCUGGGAAAACUAUAAAUCAGAUACGAGUGGUGAUGUUAUGGUUGGGAAGUUUGAAGUGUUCAUUGAUAUGAAUAAAUCGAAAGGAAAUCAGAGUACUGGUGGUCGUAGUAAAGGUGUACCAAGCAUGAGCGGAAAUAUUGUUGUUCCAGAAAAGCUUAACUCUAAUUCCAACUGGUCGGAUACUAGUUUGGACCAAUCACCCCUAGAUUUCUUGCUUGAUGAUGAAUUCAAUUUGAAUAGUACACAUAAUCUGGAAAUGGCCAUUAAGAAUAUCACAAAUCCAAGCCCUGAACACGAUAUUGGAAAGCUGAAAGGAAGGGACGUGCUCUUAUCCCAAACAAUAAAAUCAGAAAACAAUGAUUUUGUCUUGACACCAUUACAAAGCACAUCAGCACCCACGUCCGAAGUUAUCAAACCAGAACCUGCCGCUGUUGUUGAUUCAUCUGGAGAUGCCAAAUCCCAGAAUCAAACCCCACAUUUUGUAAAAUAUAUUAACCGGGACGGAAAAGUCAUCAAGGUCUGGGAAUGUGGAAUCUGUUCCCGGAACUUUCAACAUCAGUACACGUUAAUGCGUCACCUACCCACCCAUACGAACGUGCGAAACUUCGUUUGUAACGAAUGCGGAAAGGCCUUCCGCCAACUAUCAACUCUUAGUCAACAUCGUGCCAUUCAUUCUGUCGAACGACCGUAUGCUUGUGAGACAUGUAACAAAUCGUUUAAUAGAAUCUCAACUUUAAUUUCACACCGGAAAACCCAUUCGGAUGUGAAACCAUUCCGUUGUCAUAUGUGCCAUAAAGGAUUCCAUCAGAAAGGUAACUUGAGAAAUCAUAUCUACAUCCACACAAAUGAGAGGCCGUACCGAUGUACGGUUUGCAACAAGGGAUUUAAUCAAAUGUCGAAUUUGGUGUGUCACACGCAAAAAUCGCAUUCGUCAGAGUUCGGAUCGAUUUGGACAUGCGACCGUUGCAAUAUGAGUUUUUCAAAACGGACACUUCUCCGUGCCCAUGAGCUCGAAACCCAUCAUAUUCAAGGAACAAAUAUAAAAAGCACUCGACCGAAACUCGCUAACAAUCGAAAAUCAGCCACAACAACUUCAGAUGAUUCGACUAUGGACUUGGAUGCAGGCAACGAAUUCUGUAAGUCUGAAAUAUCUGAAAAUGGAAUACUUAUACCAGCUAUUGAUACGGAUGCAAUGAAAAUCGCAAGAGCCAAUAAAGAAAUGCCUUUCGCGGUACUUCAUUUUUUCGAAGGCCCACCUCUGCUUGUACGGAUUGUUGAUUAUGGCAAUCAAAGUCUCCUUCGACCAACGAAGAAUGAAGAUUUUAUCUCGUUGAAAAACCAACAAGCCGAACAAAUUGAAAAAGUUUGUGUACCGAUUGUAGCGGCCGUUUAUCAAACAUUGAAUGUUGCAGGUCGCCCGGAAUUCAAGGUAAUGCCGCCAAAGAACAUCUAUAAAUUCAUCAACCAUCAUCAAUCGAUCUCGUUAAAUUGUGAUAAUAACAACGAGGGUGAACGAGAGGCAUCUAAGCCAGAUGAGAUAAUUCCUGCUGCAAAUAUUAUCUCCUUGACACCACCACAAAUUCCAAGUGAUCUUCGCGAUGUUACUGAGAAUCUGGAGACUCCUCUAUUCGAAUCAUUAACCCAUGUCAAGGAUGAACCUUCAAAUAUGGAUGAAAACUCUAUGGAAUUCAAUCCGGGUGCCUCUAUGGGAGAGAAACCUAGAGCAAUAGCUAUCGUAGAAGAGUCGAAUUGGUGGAAGAGACACACAAAAACAGAUCCGUACGAAGAAGUUGACGCGUUCUCGGAAACAUUUCAAAAUAUUGCAACUGGUAGUUUACUCACUCCUAAGAAGAUUACCGAGAGCGAUAUAAUGCCAGAUCAGAAUGCUUCAAUUCUGGACCUAUCCGAGGCGAGAAAUCCCCUUCUGUGCCAUGGUCAGCAAAUAUCAAACAACAACAAUGACAAUAUAUUCAACUACAAUUCUUUAAUGAACUACGAUUUCGGAAAUAACAUCUCAAAUAUUCUGGAUGCAUUCCGCAGUGAAGGUAUGGAUGCCAGCAUGAUAAAGAGUCUGUUCUCAGAGAAUCCUGGGUUAUUGCACGAUUUCAACGAAUGUUUAUCAGAAAUUUUACCGUAAAGUAGAAAAAA